AUGUCUACAUUUCAUCUCUUCCCUCUGUUGCCAGCAGAAAUCCGGUCGGCGAUAUACAAUCUGGCUACACCGCCUCGGGUCGUUCAUAUACAUCAAGAAGUCGAAAGCUUUGAUGACUUCAAAAAGAGGUUACCACACAUCACAAUCGCUGAGCGUAAUCUGCGCCCGGACGUCGAUUAUUCUUCCUUCUACGAGCUUCUUCGUCAGGCAUCGGCCAUUCUUGUUCACCAAAGGUGUAAACUCUUCAAGCAAACUAAGCUCGAGGCAUAUGGAUUCACCAGCAACAAGAAGCCGGGUUUCUCCUGGGAAUUCGAGUCCAUGAUGCCAUUCGAUACUCUCAUGAAUUAUCCUACAUUGGCUUUCCCCAUAUACCGAAGGGCUACUAUUACCUGCCAAGCUGCUAUCCCACCGCUUCUACACACUUGCUCCGAGUCGCGUUCUUUACUCAUCAGCUACGGGUACCAGCUUGCGUUUCCUUCUACUUUGCAAGAUCCACGGACGUGGUUUAAUCUUGGCCGAGAUACACUGCUAUUGGAUGACGACUUUGACUGCAGCGAUGUUGAUAUGUACGGACCGAAGGAGACGGAAAUUGACAGGAUCCCGCAUACUUUUCAUCAGUUCAGGCCUCGAGACGUUGGUCGGCUCCAACGAUUAGCAUUGGCUAAAUCCACCCACUACAGCCGCAUGUUUCUUAGCCACAAGCUCUGCCCAAAGCCAAAAGAACUUUUGUUGGUUGAGUGGGAUGCUAGCGAUUCCGAGCAAGCUCUACGCCAGUCAGUUGUUGAUCCAGCCUUGCUUCGCCCGGUUCCAAACAUCCCGCCCGCUUAUCAUGAAGGAGAGCAACUGUGCAUACUACCGGUUGAAGAGGUUGAUGCUCUAUGGACUACACUAGAGUUGGAAGUGUUUGGAGUCGUGGAGGACUGGCAUCCUGCUACAAAAGAAAACGCAUGGGAUCUCAAACAGCACAAGCUUGCCAACGGCUUCGAUAGCCGCUUUAUUAAAGACAAAUUGCGGCAGAUGAGAGAAGAAUAUGUGCAGCGGAGACAAAGCAUCGAAUAUUAUAACAAGGAGUUUUACAAGCCACACCAGAGGUUCCCGGCAAAAGAAGAAGAAUAUCCGCCAUGGAGCAUACAUCGGUUGAGCUUUGCGCAUGUUUGCACACUUUACACUGCGAGGAGAAUAAUGGAAGCCCGCUCGACUUUCAUGGAGCAGUUUAUAAAGCUAAGAGCAGAGGCAAAAUGGUGUGAGGAGCCAUGGACCCAGCAUCGUCGGUUACCAUCUCCUUUUGUUUUGCAGAAGUUUAAUAAUUGGCCCGCGGUUGAGGAAUCACUACACAGUACAGAGUUGGAAUGGUGGGUAAAGAACGGACUUCCCAUAUUUGACAAGUCUUUGCCAGUCUAG